GGUUCCAAUGCAGCAGCGACCAUGACAGGCAUCGCCGCUGCUUCUUUCUUCUCCAACGCUUGCAGGUUUGGCAGCUGCGGACUCCACUUCGACUCCCUGGCCGAGCUCAUCUUGCAUAUCGAGGAUACCCACAUCGACACGGACCCCCGCCUUCUGGAGAAGCAGGAACAGCAGCAGCCCACCUAUGUCGCCCUCAGUUACAUCAACAGGUUCAUGACAGAAGCAGCGAGGCGAGAGCACGAAGCGCUAAAGAAGAAGAUGCAGCCCAAAUUGUCGCUGUCUCUAACGGGAGGCCUGUGUCGGAACAGCGUCGCCGUCCCGCCUCGCCACCCCAGCGGCAACCUCACCCCUCCCGUCACCCCGCCCAUCACCCCGUCCUCGUCUUUUCGCAGCAGCACGCCAACGGGCAGCGAGUGCGACGAUGAGGAUGUGGACUUCGAGGAAUCCGACAGCGACGAGUCGUGGACCACCGAGAGCGCCAUCAGCUCCCAAUCCAUCCUCAGCUCAAUGUGCAUGAACGGCGGAGAUGAGAAACCCUUCGCCUGCCCCAUCCCGGGCUGUAAAAAGAGAUACAAGAACGUCAACGGGAUCAAGUAUCACGCCAAGAACGGCCAUCGAACGCAGAUCCGAGUGCGCAAGCCCUUCAAGUGCCGCUGCGGCAAGAGCUACAAAACAUCUCAGGGUCUCCGGCACCACACCAUCAACUUCCACCCGCCCGUGUCCGUCGACAUCCUCCAUCGUAAGAUGCAGCAGUAGCGCCCCAAGUGGACGGAAUCCAUCGGCACCCGCAGAUUUCUUCAAUCUCAUCUUUUCUUCGGCUCAAAACACUAUUUUUUUUUUUUUAUAUAUUUUGCAUGCUUUAAAAUAUUUUAUUAUGAAUGCUCAAGCUUAAAAGUAGGUCACCGUUCUGUAAUUUGCACAUUGGACCUCUACGGUGCUUGUUAGUAAUGCUUUUAACAACACAAAUUGGGUCUUGUUUUUAAACUUCGUGCCAAACUGGGACUCCGAAAAACACACCGGCCACAAUAUUAGGUACACCUGCACUAUCAAGGGCUGCCUUUCGAAAACUGCUCAGGUUUUACAAGGCAUUCAUCAAUACUUAACUAGAUUGUCCUUGGGUGCAUUGCGUAAAUGGUUGGACUUGAUUUGUACACAAUUUUCUGCAUUUAUUCUCUGGACAUGUUUUUUUUUAAAUAUAUAUUUUUUAAACAUUUUCACAUUUUUUUUACAUCGCCAACACGACACCCAAGGGUGAACUCAGGUGAUAUUCGCAAGCAUUUCAGCAACACGUGUUUUUGAUCAGUGUUAAAGCUCUCAAAGCUAUCAUUUAGCUUCACUUUUCCCUAUGCAGUUUUUAAAGCACUUUGAUUUUUCUGAAACAAGUUGCCAACAAAUGAGCAUUUUUGCCAAUUUCACGUUCCUUGUAAAUAUAUAUACAGUAUAUGUGGCAGCCAUUUGCAAAAAGUGUUUUCCGUCUUGUGACAUUCGUCCUUGCCUUGAAUUGUGAACCAUUCCGUAACAACAGUGAAGCCAUGUUAGACAGCUGGGGUGGGAAAGCUCUUAUCUGGUCGUAUACAGUCCUUCAUGGGCCAAACUACAUUUUCAGGAUAAAAAAAAAAAAUUGGUGAAAUCACCAGGGUGGCUUUUACGGAGGUUGUACACGGUCAAUGAUACCUCGGUUCCCCACCCCUGCUUUAAAGGGGGCCUUGACUUGUUUUUAUACUCAUUUUCAUAUUGCUCCAGCGUAGUAUGAGAUUAAAUGUAAGUUUCCACUGUAUAAACCUGUUUAGGCAUGGAACUGCAGUCCAUUGGCAAAUUGUGUCACUGCCAGAAAUCUCAACAGUGUACAGUGAAUGUAUUAAAAGUAAAGUGCAUUAAAUUAUAUUUUCAUACGUAUCUGUGUUACGAGGUAAAUACGCAAAAAAAAUCGAUUAUCAAUGUACCGUAUUUCCUCGAAAAAGAUGCUUCGUAUUUGGAAUAAAAAUUGUUCUGACUUUUCAUAUGAUCUUUAUUCGUUCCAUUGACAGAGAAAACAAGUAUAUGGAGGAAAAAUAAUCGCCGUAAAACAGAAACUCACCCACAUGCAAUGACUCAACUAAAUAUUCAAAGCGGAUAGAAAAGAAAACCCAGAGUGUUACACACACAGUAUCAAGGCUGUCACAAUAUAGAUGUACUUAUUCUAAAUAAAAUAAAUCUGACAAAAUUCUGUAUAAUGUCUGUGCACAGUCAUGGAAUAUGAAUAUAUAUAUAUAUAUAUAUAUAUAUAUAUAUAUAUAUUCAUAUAUAUAUAUAUAUUUCAGAUAUUACACAUGAUUUUAUGAUUACGUGUGGUUGCAAAGCCCCCAGCUAUUGGUACCCCUCCUCCAUCUUAGCUUCAACAGUGUAAGGUUAAACAUUUGGUUUUCAGGAUUAACUGUAAAUUAGAAAUGUGAAUUAAAAUCGUCACCCCAAAAAAAGCCAUAAGGACGCUAAAAUCCGUAUUCUUUUUUACUGACAAGCGCCUGUCUACGAAAGAAAGCGGCACGCCACCGUCGUCAUGCACCAAACGUGAGUGUCGGCGACUAAUCCAAGAGCAUGUGCCCGUCGAAGUGAGUGAGCACGUGAUUCUCAAAAACCUUCUGGUCGCAGUCCAGCGGGAACUGCUCGCUGCACAUGGGGCAGAUCUUCCAGUGGCUCUCUACGUGCUCCUCGAACUUGGACUGGUCGUAGUUGGGCGGGAAGAUGACCUCACACAGCGGGCAUCGCUUCAUGUCCAUGCUA